AUGACUGAAGCACACCUGCCUGACUAUCUUACUAUUCCUUCCCACUGCGUUCCCUGUUUUCACGACCGUAUUGGGGAUGAAUUUCCACCCGCCACCGCUGCCCUUCCACCAAAGCCAGGUGGCUAUCCAGUCCCAGGGAUACAAUCCCCUAGCUCAACUUCUGUCAUGGCAAAGGACUAUUUCGUGAGCGACGCCACCUGGGCCAAUAUUCUUGACCACGGCAGAUUCGACUACAUCGUCGUCGGCUCCGGGGUCACAGCUCUUGCAUUUAUCAACGAGGCUUUGAGGCUUGACCCCCAUUGUAAGAUAUUGUGUCUUGAGAGAGGCGGUUUCUGGCUUCCCACGCAUUUUCAAAACCUCCCUCUUCCAUUCAAGAUGGUGCUCGGAGGCCCAUCAGAGACGUUCCCAUGGACCCUUUCUCGCAAAACAUUUGAAAUACCAGAGGUUGGGUAUUGUCACGGGUCUUGCCCUUUUUUUGGCGGCCGUUCGACAUUCUGGUCUGCCUGGUGUCCGCAGCCAUCAGUCGGCCUGAUGCGGGGCUUCCCCGAAUCUAUGAUUAAGACAACUGAGAAGAAAAAUUUCUGGGAGCCAGCCAAGAAGCUACUUCAUGUCACACCCGCUAAUAAGAUUGGCGAUACCAUAUUUGCUAAGCUGCAGGAGUAUAUUGAUACGGCUCUGCAGAAUGGCGUGAAGAGGAUUACAGGUGCAGAUACAGCUGAGCCAGCACCUCUGGCUGUUGGCAACCCGAGUCCCAGAUCGACAUUGCGAUUUGACAAGUUUUCUGUUCCCGGGCCUAUGCUGGAAAUCGAAGAGAAUCAACGGAAAGCUGCCCUGGCAAACAAAGGAUCACCGCUGGAAUUGAUGAAUAAUUGCAAACUCAUCAAGAUGGAAAAAGAGGAUGACGGUUAUGUACGCGUUCUAGAAACUGAUAAGGGUGUGCUAUCUUGGACGGACAACAACACCAAAGUCAUUCUCUGUGCUGGGGCCAUUCCGAACGCUACCCUUCUCCUCAAUUCCUUCCCUGAGUGCAGAGAAACCGUCGGAAAGCGCUUGACAGGGCAUUUCCUGACUCACAUCGCCGCGCGUUGUCCGAUUGCAAACCUUCCAAAUUACACACCCAGCGACAAACUCGAAAUCGGAGCCAACUAUGUCGCUGGAAAAGACACGAGUGGAAAGCAAUAUCACAUCCAAAUCACUGCCAUUCACAGUCCAGACCCAGCAGGCGAUGCUGAUGAUGCAGCACGCGAGUGCCCUGACUAUGCCGCCGCCGCUACCUACGAGCAGCUAAAAGAUUCCAAAGAUUACAUAGUCUUCGUUUGUGCCACCUUGGGCGAAUUCACAGAACAAAACCCAGACAAUUACAUCAAGCUGAACGAAGGCAAAGACCCUACCUCCAACGUCAACCUCCAGUUUACCUUGACGGACGAGGAUAGGGCCCUUUGGGACCGUAUGGAUAAAGCUACGUAUGAUGCUAUUGAAGUCAUGUCAAACCAAAACAAACAAGGCAUCGAAUACUGGGACUCCAUUAAAGGGAGGUGGCAGUCGGCAAAGCCCAAAGUUGAAACUAUUCGGGUCCCCGGCGUUGUCCAUGAGGCUAGCACAGCCUUUGUUGGCCCAAAGGAGCAAGGUGGAUCACUAGAUGAGCAGUAUAGGCCCCAUGGGGUGAAGAAUGUACAUGUUACUGGUGGUGCCUUGUUCCCAAGUGCGGGAAGCUGGAAUCCUACUCUGACUAUGUGUGGAUUUGCUCAAGACCUUGCAAGGAAGCUUGUCCAGAACAGAGGUCAGAGCGAUGGAUCCUAUCCCAUCAUGGACGGAUGA